GCAAAAAUUGGGCGAAAAAAGGCCGUCCCUUUCGGGAUUUUUGGGUAGAACUGCUUGAAAUUGCUCAACAAAUAUCUCAAGAUGAGAUACUUCUUAAGUUACCUCUUUUUGUUGCUAGUGAGUAUCUUGGUGGUGAUAAGUUCUAUGUUCUAUUUGCUGAACGGAAGGGGUGAGCAACUGAGUAUUGGGUGGUUCCUGGAGAAUACUUCCCCGUACAUGUGGGGAACACUGGGAAUCGCCUUCGCGGUGUCCUUCUCAGUGGUGGGCGCCGCGAUGGGCAUCCACACGACUGGAACGAGCAUCGUCGGCGGCGGUGUCAAAGCGCCCAGAAUCAAGACCAAGAACUUGAUCUCCGUAAUUUUUUGUGAAGCCGUCGCUAUAUACGGCCUGAUCACUGCUAUUGUGCUGUCGGGCAUGCUGGAGAAGUACACGGAACCGAUGGGGUUAAGUGUAAAGCAAAACAACUGGAUGGCUGGCUAUGUAAUGUUUGGGGCUGGACUUGCUGUAGGGCUGGUCAAUCUGUUCUGUGGUAUCGCCGUAGGCAUUGUGGGCUCAGGCGCAGCCCUGGCUGAUGCUGCCAACGCAGCUCUGUUUGUUAAGAUCCUCAUUGUAGAAAUCUUCGGUUCAGCUAUUGGUCUGUUUGGCCUCAUUGUAGGCAUUUAUAUGACGUCAAAAGUCAGAAUGGGCAACCAGUAAUCUAAGAAGUAAAUACUUGAAUAAACACUUUGUACAAGCUGCACUGGUUCUCCUGCCUUGACCUUAUAAAGAAAACCAAAAAUCGGCCAGUGCCCAAAUUGUAACUUAGCGCAAAAACUCAAAUUUAAAAUAAUACCACAAUGUUAAAUUAUCAUUGUUACUGUGUUUUUAAGCUACAACUUUGUGAAAAUUAAUUGGUUUUGUAAAUAAUAUCUGGUCUUAGCACUUGACAAUAUUUCGAACUUGAAGAUUCGUAAACUUAACUGAUGGUCAUAGUAAACAAUAUUAAUAUGGCCUAAGUUAAAAAAAAUAUUGUUUUCUCACUUUCUUUGCUAAUAAUUUUUUACUGUUUGAAGACUUCAAUUACUGCAUUUUUGUGCUAAGGUAACAGAUAUUUGUAUGGACAGUUUUGUUGUACUGGAGUGUUUUUGUGACUUGUAACCAAUAGAAUUAGUUUAUGUAAUACCAUAAUGCACUGUGUCUCAAAUUUAAUGACUAGAUACAAAUUGUAGGGUCUUUAUUUUAUUCAACUUGUACUUAACAUCUUUCUGUACGUUACUAAUAUUGGGAGUGAUUAUUUAAUUGUCACACCUUUUUGGUUUGCUAAUUUUAUAUUUACAAUGUUGUAUCCAGUCAUUAUAAAGGCUUAAACAUUCCAUGAAACCAUUUAUCAUCAUGUGAAAACUGAUUGGUUUAUUGAAUCAAUAGCCCUUACAUAGUGUAUAUAAAAUUAAAUAUUGGAGUAGUUCAAGUAUUCAGAUUAAAUAAAUCAAUAAGAAUGACAUAAAUCCAAAGUUAAAACCAUAAUACAUGUACAUGCAAUGUAUUUAUAGGGUGCUUGUCCACUUUAAUAUUUUAAACGUGUGCUAUUAAAAAUCAACAAAAUCAAAACCAUAUCCAUUCAGAUAGAUUAUUCUAGUGGACUAACAGCUUAAGAUUGUCCUAAAGUCUACAAAAUAAUGUUUUUUUCUUAAAUAUUUGAUAAUCCCACUUAUAAAAUUAUUUUAAUUGUAACUUCCAAAUUUUGUAAAUAUUAGUUUGCUUCCCUAUACUAAUUUAUUACUUUUAAAAAUUCAUAUCCAUAAACGUUACAUAGGUGUUGUUGUAUAUGCCAUGUAUUGAGUGCUAUCAUCGAAAUAAGUGGAGGUUCAAUCGAUGCGUCAAAAGGCACAUUAUUGCAUACAUUUUGGAACAAAAAAUGAUUGAAAAAGUGUUAUAUCAGUCUUAAAUACCGUUAACUGAUGUAAUUCUAAGAUAAAUAUACUUUAUUUGUGCAAAUGUAGAUAUUAUGUAUGUUGAUGA